UUAAAAUAAGAGGCCCAACAAACGGUUGAUAAGGUUUUCGUCUAGGAGAAGAGGGCGCGCAAUGGAGGAAACUGCAGGUGGAGUUAUCAGCCCUCUUCCUAAUAUUCAACCAAAGCACUUUGUUCUCGUACAUGGCGCCGGCCAUGGAGCCUGGUGCUGGUUCAAGCUUCGACACCUUCUCGAAGUCGCCGGCCACAAAGUCACCUGCGUUGACCUCGCCGCCUCUGGAAUCGACCUCGCUCAUCCCUCCUCCAUCCUCUCUUUUGACGACUAUAACAAGCCACUCGUCGAUUUCAUGUCUACAUUUUCGGAAGGAAAUAAGGUGAUUUUGGUGGGACACAGCGCUGGGGGGCUGAGUUUGAGUCACUCCCUGCACAAUUUUGGGGACAAAAUUGAGGUCGCCGUAUUCAUUGCAGCCACGAUGCUACCGUCAGGUUUCUGCACUGAAGAAGAUGUUAAAGAUGGAGUUCCUGAUUUAUCAGAAUAUGGUGAUGUCAGUAUCAUGGAGUAUUCUUUAGGGCCCGACAAACCCCCAACAAGUGUUGCUUUGCGUGAGGAAUUCCAACGCAAGAUACUCUACCACUUGAGCCCAGUUGAGGAUUCAGUGUUGGCCUCAAUGCUCCUAAGGCCAUCACCAUGCCUUGCACUGAGUACAGCAAAAUUUGAAGGAAAUAUAAGCCAAGUAAGGAGAAUUUAUAUAAGGACAACUCAUGACAAAAUGGUUAAGCCAGAGCAGCAAGAUGCGAUGAUCAGGAGAUGGCCACCGCAUGAAGUGUUUAUCAUAGAUACAGAUCAUAGCCCUUUCUUUUCUUCUCCACAGAAGCUCUUUGAACUUAUUGUAAGAGCUUCUACCAUUUGAUAGAACUUUGAAAGCUUUCUAUGUAUGUUAUGGAGGAAUUUGAGCUUCAUGGCCAAACUUAUAUGAUUGUUCUAAUAAAUUUCACUCUUCAUCUUUUAGAAAAUAAA